AGCCACGCGGCGGCGGCUGCUACCGGGUUUAGGGAUUCAGAUAUUUUCUUACUUCUUUCCCCUUCCGAUUCGUCCUGUCCCGAGCCGGCCGCCUCCUACCGCGACGCCACGGGCCUCCGAGUUCUCUUCUAGCGCGUCUUUCUUCCCCGCCCGUCUCAGAUCGAUUCGUUCUCUCUUAUUUCAGUAAGAUCGAUUCGUUCUAAUUAGGGGGUGUUUGGUUUAUGGACUUUUUAGUCCCAAAGAUUAGAAAAAGUUCCUAAAAAGUCCCUAGAAACCAAACGGAAGGGAUUUUUUUUACGAGACUAAAAAAAGCUUUACUGAAGAGUCUUUUUUAUUAGUCCCUGGACUGAAAAGAACCAAACACCCCCUUAUUGUUUUCAAAAAGAUCGAUUCGUAUCUGGUAGCCACCUCCCCGGCUCUCCCCGUGAUCGCCGUCUGUCGAGGGAACGCGUCGGAUCGCCACCGAUAACACCGCCGGUUAGGGUUUGGAGAGAUGCAGCAGUGCCACGGAAAGGACAAGGCGGCUACCAGCGCGAUGCCGAACUACGCAAAGGCCACGGCAACUUCGAGCGCGAUGCCGAACCACGCAAAGGGCACGGCAACUGCGAGCGCGAUGCCGAACCACCUAAAGGGCACGGCAACUGCGAGCGCGAUGCGGCCGAAGCAGGUCUUUGCAGACGAGAACAUCGUGCAGGAGCCCUUAGCACAUCCUCAUCGAAUCCGACAAAGGGGGUUGAACAGGGUGCCGAGCUCUGUCUUGUCACGGAAGCACCUUGGAAAGGAGAGAUCGCACAAGCUAAAGGAGAAGGUGGAUACAGGCUUGAUUCCGCACAAGCAUAAUGCAAAGGUUAAGAUGUGCCCCCCUGAUCAGCUCCGCCAUCAUAUACAGGGUAUCCAGCAGCCUGUCAAGACUGAAUCACGUCUUGCCAGAGAGAUGUCUCAGAAGCUAAGGGAGAAGGUGGAUACAGGCUCGAAUCCACAGAAGCAUAAUGCAAAGGAGAAGACUUGCGCUUCUGAUCAGGAUAUGUGGCCUUUCAAGACUGAAGCAUGUCUUGCCGGAGAGAUGUCUCAGAGGCGAAUGGAGAAAGUGGAUACAGGCUCGAAUCAACAGAAGCAUAGUGCAGAGAAGAAGAUGUGCCCCCCUGAUCAGCUCCACCCACAUACACAUGGUAUCCAGCGAAAAGAACGUCUUUCUGUAGAGAAGAAGCACACAAAAAGCAAUACAUCUUUUCCAGCGAAAAGAACAUCUCCACAACUCAGAACAAGGACAAAUUCCCGCUGUUCUGAUGCGGGUACCAGUCGUCCCAUCGAUGCUCAUGAUCAUGGCAACACUGCUGCUAUCCAGGAACAGAAACAACAAUAUGCCGCAACACAGGUAGAUGAAGAUGUGGGCGACAUAAUCCAGAAGCUGAACGAACUGGGCUUGGGAGAGGACAUCGACUUUGAGGAAUACUAUGGAUACUUGCAGCAGCUGCCUCCCGACCGCCAUGUCGAUACCAAAACUGAAUUGAACCUUGAGGAUCACUUUAACAUGGACCUCCGCCAUGCGGUGUAUCGCAUCAGAUCCUACAAGUUGUUAAAAAAGGAGUCCAAGAAUGAGUUGUGCUGUGAUGAAUUGAAAGAGUGCCCUAUGGAGCUUCUUGACAGAGAAGAAUUUCCUACAGAUUUCCUUGUGAAGAUGCGAUAUUUUAGCUUCUUCGACAAUGAAGGCAUAUUAGACUGGUUCUUCGAUCCUGAUCUCUACAAGCUUGCUUGCGUGAAUGACUACCAGCGUCUAGUCCCUCGGAAGCAUAGUGCUUAUGAGUACGCUGGUUGGGUUGUGUACCGCGGUUACCUCCAUAGCUACGAGAUGCAAUAUGAAUACAUCGAGUACUUCGAAACAUUAUUAAGGGAACUUAAGUGGUUGAAAGAUUGUCUACCGAGCAAGUUUUCAUCUCUUUCUGUAAGCAAGAUACGCACCAGAGGAAUUUAUCAAGCAACUAAGAUCGCCACUCGCUUUUCCAAGAUCACAACUCAUUUAGCUCGUAUUGGCUUCCGUGAUUGUUUUAACUACAUGUGCAUUGAGGCUACUUGGUGUAAUGGGUCCGAUGGUCUCUAUUUCGAGAUUUGGAAGCGGGUCACUCAACAAAAGGAGAGUUUCAGAGAUAGCUUGAAGGAAGUCUAUAAGCUGAACAAGUGUCCAUCACUACAAGAUAGCAUAAAAUAUGCCAUGGAGCAUGACUGUUCCGUGAUGGAAACGGCAUUUCUUCGUUGCACGGUAGGGGCAGGCAUUACAAAUGAAGUACCAGAGGAUAAAGCUCAGGAGUUGAUUGCAGAGGCAGUUGAAAAGCUGAGGAUAAAACCCAAAUUCUAUGAUGGGUAUAUCAGAAAGAAGAUCGACAUUGCCAAAGCUAUAGGAAUGAUUACUGAGGAUAGUUCCACAGAUACUUUGAAGGACGACUAUAAGCUGAACAAGUGUCCGUCAUUCCAACAUAGCAUAAAAUAUGCCUUAGAGGAGGACUGUUCUGUGAGGGAAUGGACGGUAUCAGAGGAUAAAGGUCAGGAGUUGAUUGCAGAGGCAGUUAAAAAGCUGAGGAUAAAACCCGAAUUCUGUGAUGAUAUCAGAGAGAAGAUAGAAAUUGCCAAACCUGUCGGAAUGAUCACUGUGGAAUGAAAAGACCUAAUGGGUAUUGCUUUUCAUAGUUGGAGCUGCCAUUUGCUCAAGAUGUCCUUUUCUUGGGUUCCCUGUACUUUGCUGCUGCAAUGAACAAUAAACUAGACCAGACUUAAAGCACCUAGUACAUACACUAGUAUAAUACUAGCAGGCUACUACUGUAGAUGGAUGGUUUGUCCGGAGUGUUCCUACAACCUAUCGCAUCAUGUGAUGUUUAUGUGCCACUUGUCUGCUUUUCUAUUAUAUGGCCACUUGGCUGAGCCGCUCCCGUGUUUUCAACGGGUGAAUUGCUAUCAGGCCUUGCUGCAUGCGUUA